GGCGCAGAGGCCUUUCCGGGGAAAGAUGGCUGCAGCUUGUGCGCUGAGGACCUGGAGCCGCACUGCUGGGCAGCUGAUUUGUGUUCGAUAUUUUCAAAAAUGUAGUAAUGUUCAUGUUUUGAAGCCAAAUCAUGUGUGUUUCUUCGGUUAUCCUUCAUUCAAGUAUAGCCAUCCACAUCACUUGUUGAAAACAACUGCUGCCCUACAUGGACAAGUUGUUCAGUUCAAACUGUCAGACAUUGGAGAAGGGAUUAGAGAAGUAACUGUUAAAGAAUGGUAUGUAAAAGUGGGAGAUACAGUGUCUCAGUUUGAUAGCAUCUGUGAAGUACAAAGUGAUAAAGCUUCUGUUACCAUCACUAGUCGCUAUGAUGGAGUCAUUAAAAAGCUCUAUUAUAAUCUAGAUGAUACUGCCUAUGUGGGGAAGCCAUUAGUAGACAUAGAAACGGAAGCUUUAAAAGAUUCAGAAGAAGAUGUUGUGGAAACUCCUGCUGUGUCGCACGAUGAACACACACACCAGGAGAUAAAGGGCCAAAAAACACUGGCAACUCCUGCAGUUCGCCGCCUUGCAAUGGAAAACAAUAUUAAGCUGAGUGAAGUUGUUGGCUCAGGAAAAGAUGGCAGAAUACUUAAAGAAGAUAUUCUCAACUAUUUGGAAAAGCAGACAGGAGCUAUAUUACCUCCUUCACCAAAAGCUGAAAUUAUACCACCUCUGCCAAAACCAAAAGACAUGACUAUUCCCAUACCGGUAUUCACAGGCAAGGACAAAACUGAACCCAUAAAAGGCUUUCAAAAAGCAAUGGUCAAGACUAUGUCUGCAGCCAUGAAGAUACCUCACUUUGGCUAUUCUGAUGAGGUUGACCUUACUGAACUGGUUAAGCUACGAGAAGAAUUAAAACCCAUUGCUUUAGCUCGUGGAAUUAAACUCACCUUUAUGCCCUUCUUCUUAAAGGCUGCAUCCUUGGGAUUACUACAGUUUCCCAUCCUUAAUGCUUCUGUGGAUGAAAACUGCCAGAAUAUAACAUAUAAGGCUUCUCAUAACAUUGGGAUAGCAAUGGAUACUGAGCAGGGUUUGAUUGUCCCUAAUGUGAAAAACGUUCAGGCCUGCUCUAUAUUUGAAAUCGCCACUGAACUGGAUCGCCUCCAGAAAUUGGGCUCAGCGGGUCAGCUCAGCACCACUGAUCUUACGGGAGGGACAUUUACUCUUUCCAACAUUGGAUCAAUUGGUGGUACCUAUGCCAAACCAGUGAUAUUGCCACCUGAAGUAGCCAUUGGAGCCUUUGGAUCAAUUAAGGCCCUUCCCCGUUUUAACCAAAAAGGAGAAGUGUGUAAGUCACAGAUAAUGAAUGUGAGCUGGUCAGCUGAUCACAGAGUUAUUGAUGGUGCUACAAUGUCACGCUUCUCUAAUUUGUGGAAGUCCUACUUAGAAAACCCAGCUCUUAUGCUACUACAUCUGAAAUGAAGAUUGAUAAGACAUUCUUGAACUUUUUGAGUUUCCAAAGAGUAUGUAAAGCCUAGUUGUUCCAGCACAUGUUUGUCUUUAUAAUUUGUAUUAUUAAUGAUUUGUAUUAUAUGAUUAAGGUUCUAAGGCACAAUAUUUAUCACUGUUCUAUUAGACUUUUUACUGAAAAUGAAUAAUGGUGUGAUUGUUCUCUUGGGGCUGUCACAUUUUAUAGGUCAGAGUGUCACUUCUUAAUAUGGUGCUGAGGUCUUUGUGUCAAUGGAUUGAAAAUGGUAACAAUAACAAAAUUAAUGUUAUAAUAAGACAGAUAGCCAUAUAUAUACAGUAUUUGUCCUGUUUUUGUUUUUGUUUUGGCUGACUCUUACUGAAACUUUUUAAUGCUGCUUAAUUGGAAAAAGGAAUUUGUGUACAAAAAAUAUUUUUGACUUCCCUACAAUCAUGCUAAUUGUUGUAUAAAAUAAGUGCAAUUAUACUUUCAAGAUAUCCAGGAGUAUAUUCUUCCUCUAUAUAGAGAUAUUAUCUGUGUUUUAUUUAUGUAAAUUAACAUCUUUUAAAAGGGAAAAUAUAACCUGGUCUUAAAAAUGCCCAAUUAUAGUUUUAUAACCAGUCUGUUAAAGGUGUUUGUUUAAAAUUGAUAUACUUUUAGAAUUUUGGUAAUAAUUUAGUGUUUUUUUGGGAAAGAACUUCGCUUUUGCAAACUUCCAUCAUUUAAGGAAACAACUUUAAAUGUACCAGGCUACUUUUUAUAUAUUCAGAAGUCUGCUCCCUUUUAAUUUUCUUGGUCUUCACCUAAAAAAUAGAAUAAAAUAAGGAAUUAAAGUCUAUUCCAUUCUCCAUAUCCUAAAUAAGAAUGUGGAUAGGAGGAGAAAGGAGUCUAAUGGGUAAUUACAGACAUAAAAUAAAAUAAUAAAUUUUAUACAUCAGUGAAGAUUUCAUAAUGACCAUUAUGUUAAAAGUCCACUUUAAUCAGAAAUAGCAUCUAGAUGAAUAUAAUCCAACAUUUUUAUUUGCAUUCAGAAAUUCAGGUUGUUUCUAAUAUUGUCCAAUUGAAUACUGUAUGCCAAAAUUAGUUGUUGAAGUUUUGUGAGGGGAAAAAUGGUCAUUUUAAUGUCUAGCUUUUUCUCAACAUGGAAAUAAUUUUUAAAUCAGAAAAUGAUAAAUGCUGUUAUUUAAAAAAUUCAGGUAAUACAGACAGUUAUCAAGAAAAUAAAAUAAUCAUCCAUAACCUACCAUUAUCAACAUUUUGAUGUAUGUAUCUGUAUACAUGGCUGUUCUUUUUAUUAAAAUGGGAUUAUAGUAUAUCUAAUUUUAUUAUUUGAGUUUUAAAAUUUAACAUUAUAUUGUGGGUAACUUUACAUGUCGAUAAACAAUUCCACAUUGUCAUGC